CCUCCCCGCCUUUUCCGCGGGCGCCCUAGCCUUCUCUUGGGGGUGGCAGCGCCCGCGGUGCGCAGGGCCUCCAGCCUGGGCGGGCCUCAGGGCGCUGGGGAGCGGCGGGGGAGUUCACACCCCGCAGGUAGCUCCGGAGGGACGUGGCCGGGCCGAGGGGCUCCGUAGGACCGCCCGACAUGUGCCGUGGGCGAGGGAGGACACAGUGCGCCCCACUUUCCCGUUCUACUGCCUGUUCGUAGCAUUCCUGGGGAGAGACAGAUGAGAUUUCGUCAGAGGCGGGAGUACAACACUGAAGAAUGUCUGGAAGUUUCUACUUUGUAAUAGUUGGUCAUCAUGACAAUCCCAUAUUUGAAAUGGAAUUUCUGCCACCUGGAAAAGUAGAGUCCAAGGAUGAUCAUCGCCAUCUCAACCAGUUUAUUGCCCAUGCUGCUCUUGACCUAGUAGAUGAGAACAUGUGGCUUUCUAACAACAUGUAUCUGAAGACUGUGGACAAAUUUAAUGAAUGGUUUGUUUCUGCUUUUGUCACAGCUGGACAUAUGAGAUUUCUAAUGCUUCAUGAUGUAAGGCAGGAAGAUGGAAUUAAGAACUUCUUUAAUGAUGUAUAUGACUUAUAUAUCAAGUUUGCAAUGAAUCCAUUUUAUGAACUCAAUUCUCCUAUUCGAUCUAGUGCCUUUGAAAGGAAAGUACAGUUCCUUGGGAAGAAACACCUGUUAAGCUGAAUAAAUGCAUUUCUUGAGUGAGUGCUUUUUCCAUACUUUCCUGAUUAUUUGAACUGUAGGUCUUCUGGUUAUUUCUUGGCAUGUUUGAUUUUCAUCUUCUGAAGACUUGACAGAUUGGAUGCUGAAGAAGCUGCUCUUUUUUUUCCCCUGCUGAUAUUGAUACCAACCAAGCUUCUUUGCAUAAACAUGUAUCUGAAGAAGUUUCCUUUUAUGUGUUAUGAGAACUAAGUUUUAAAAUGUGGAGCUGAAUAGGUACUAACUCAGACAUGUGGGUGUCAAUGUGUAUGCAAAAUGAGAACCUCUUAUACAAGGUGGGAGGAAAUGAGGUCUGAAUGCAAAAGACAUCUCCAGUCAUGUGAUGUAAGAGCAGAAAGGAAUUCUUGGACUGUUCAGCCCAAGUGGUUAAUUUUCUUAGAAACUUUCCUAUGUAUGGUCCUUUGCAGACUAACCUCACUUUGUGGUAUUAAACCAAGUCUGUAUUUAUACUGCAAUGUGUAAUGUAUUUAUUAUAAAUUACUCCAUAAAAAUAAAAAAGCUCCAUCUUCAACCUAAAAUUUCAGAUUUACCAGAUGUUUAGUGCAAUAGGUGUUUGUCUGCAGUAUUGCAUCAAUGAAAUGAAGUAGAACAGAACAGCUAUGUCUGCUCUGACUUUAAUUUACACAUGGAAAAAAACAAACUACAUGCACAUGUUUUAAGCCCAGCUCUUUCUAUUAUCUCUGCAAGUGCAUAAAUUUGAACCAUGGAACUCUACUUGUAGAGAUUUCACAAAGGCAUUCUUUGGUCUGUCUAGCUGCUAUUCCAUUGUAAAAUGUGGCUGAGGACCCUUCUGCAAAACUUAACCAUCAUUCAAAAGCAGAAAUUUUUAAUGGGUCAUUUGGCAUCUAUGUACUUAGUAUUUUGGGUGGUUCAUAAUCUUUCAAGUAGCUUGUGUCCUUUUGCAGAAAGUCUGUAUAAGCUGUCUUCUUGGACUUGUUUCUUCAUAUGUCUGAAAAGUAAUUUCCAAAGGAAGUGGCAUGCUGUCUUGUUCUAGGAAGUACAUUUUACACAGUCUGUAUAAUUAAAGGGACCACAUGUCUAUCUGCUUUAAACACACAGUUGUUAUUUCUCUGUAAUUCACACUUACUGCUAAACUGUCACUGUAGUAUAUUCCAUUAAAAAAGAACAUUAUAUAAAAGUUGCAGCAUUUACCUUAAAUAAAACAUAGAAUGAUGUAGUA